GAGAGGAGGAAUCGGUCCAGCAUCUCUGGAGCAGCGGAGCGACGCGGAGGACGGAGACACUCAUCUGCUAAAAUGAGGAGAUUUUUACCUCAAACACUGGAUGUUUAAAAAAACGUGGAUGUUUAAAGACUGACCCUCCUCGCCUGCCGUAGAUCAGAUCUGACUUUAUUCCUAUCAAUGAGAUAUGCGGAGCUGCUCUACCGCCCGGUGGUAACGCAGAAAAACACAAGAUGAAGAAGCAGUUCAACCGAAUGAGACAGCUCGCCAACCAGACUGUGGGCAGAGCUGAAAAAACAGAAGUAUUAAGUGAUGACCUACUACAGGUGGAGAAACGUCUGGAGCUCGUCAAGCAGGUUUCCCACAGCACACACAAGAAGUUGACUGCCUGUCUGCAGGGCCAGCAGGGCGUGGACGUGGAAAAGAAGUCUGUCAGGUCGCCCUCGAAGAAGCUUCCUCUAACAACACUAGCACAAUGUAUGGUGGAGGGAGCGGCAGUGCUCGGGGACGAGUCUCUACUCGGGAAGAUGCUGAAGCUGUGCGGCGAGACGCAGGACAAACUCGCUCACGAGCUCAUGUUGUUCGAGCUCACCAUCGAGAGGGACGUCGUCGAGCCUCUGUACGAUCUCGCAGAGGUGGAAAUCCCAAAUAUCCAGAAACAGAGGAAACAUUUAGCGAAGCUGGUCCUGGACAUGGACUCGGCGCGCACACGCAUGGAGAUCUGCAGAGAUCAGUUAUCAGCAGACAUGUACAGUUUUGUGGCCAAAGAAAUUGACUAUGCAAGCUACUUCCAGACACUGAUAGAAGUCCAGGCAGAAUACCACAGGAAGUCGUUAGAGCUGCUCCAGAGCGUGUUGCCCCAGAUCAAAGCUCAUCAGGAGACCUGGGUGGAGAAGCCGUGCUACGGGAAGCCAUUAGAGGAGCACUUAGCACUCAGCGGGAGAGAUAUUGCCUUCCCCAUCGAGGCCUGUGUCACCAUGCUGCUGGAGUGUGGCAUGCAGGAGGAGGGUUUGUUCAGAGUCGCUCCUUCGGCCUCCAAACUGAAGAAGCUGAAGGCGUCUUUGGACUGCGGCGUGUUGGAUGUUCAGGAGUACUCUGCAGACCCUCACGCCAUCGCAGGUACCCCCCCGUCUCCUAGCUGCACCCAUCUUAACCUGUUUUUCUGUUUCUGUAUUUUCAGGUAUUUGAUUAAAUUCCUCUCCAAACUGACCGAAGACCAGGAUGUGAACAAGAUGACGCCUGGAAACAUCGCUAUUGUCCUCGGACCGAAUCUGCUGUGGAUGCAUGACGAAGGCAACAUCACAGAGAUGAUGACCACAGUUUCGCUGCAGAUCGUCGGCAUCAUCGAGCCCAUCAUCCAGCACGCCGACUGGUUCUUCCCCGGAGAAAUCGAGUUCAACGUCACGGGGAACUACGGCAGCCCGGUCCACACCAACCACAACUCCAACUACAGCUCGAUGCCAUCACCGGACAUGGACCUGAUGGAGCGGAAGCAGAACGACCAGAGUCGUCGGCCGCUCAGCGUCGCCACGGACAACAUGAUGCUGGAGUUCUACAAGAAGGACGGCAUGAGGAAGAUACAAAGCAUGGGUGUCAGGGUGAUGGACACUACUUGGGUGUCGCGCAGGGGCUCGUCUUCCACGCGUAAAACCUCUUCCACGCCACCGAGUGUGCACCUCCCCGUCCCGCCCACUGACGCUCUCGUCCCCGAGCAGCUUGGGGAUUUCUCUGCCUCCCCCUCCCCCACCCCUCCUCCCACUAACAGCGACCGAGCCAGCUCGGAUGAUGCAUCCUCCAAUUGGUCGGACUCCUGUUACGCCUACCCCUCCCCUGAGGAGGAGAGGCCGCCUCCCCCUUACCCUUCUUCCUCCUCCUCUUCCUCCUCUUCCUCUUGCUCCUCCUACUCGCUCCCUCACCACCAUUUCCACACCCGAGCACCUCCGGGUAUGCGUCCCGUCGCCCCCAACCCCGAGUCCGUGCCCCCCGGCCCGUCCCCUCCCCCACUCCCUCACUCCCUCUGCCCGUCCCCUCAGCCGUUUGACGUCAACUCCAACCCCAAACCCAGUUGCUUGCACCUGCCCAAACAGGCCUCCCUGUCCGACGCUUCGCAUGCGGCCCCGCCCGAAACGAAUGGCUCCACCCUGUACAUCAAACCCCCGCUCGUUCUCACUCGCCACGACCUGUUCCUGGGCUCCCCCAAACCCCCCAACACCCCCCUAUCUGCUCCCCCUCCAUGGGCCGCCUGUAGCCGGGAGAGAGGAGCCAAGCUGACUAGUACUCUGAAGAACAAGGAGUUGUCUCCAGUGAUCGGACAGAAGGGACUCCAGGGACUCCAGGGACUCCAGGGGAUGACUUCUUGUGGACAGUCUGACCACAGCCCUCACACCCUGAGAAGAGCGAAGAAGCUGGCCCCGAUCCCCCCCAAAGUCCCGUACUGCCAGUCGGGAGCCAUGUCCGACCAGUCGACAGGUCAGCCGUCUCCGGUCAGCCUGUCGCCCACUCCUCCCAGCACCCCGUCCCCGUACAGCUUCAGCUACCCGCAGGGAUACGCCACCAUCGGCUCCCCGGGGCAGAUCCAGAUGGCCACGGCCCCGUCCCUCUCCUCUCCGCCCUCGCUGGCUGGGACUCUCACCAAGGCCAGGCCGACCCCCAAGCCGCCCCGGACGAGGCCCAGCUUACCUCCCCCUCAGCCCCCCAGCACGCCCGGCACCAGUCCCCAGCCUCUGGACCAUUCGACAGGCCUCCUGGACGGUUUGUCUCCCGGGGAGAGCAUGUCCACAGAUUGUCUCUGUAACUUGGACUUCCCCGUCAUCAACGUGGACCUGGAUGGUAUCUUUGACUUGCCCCACAUCUCCCCCUUCAGGAACUCAUUGGCACUGUUUGAGUCAACCAGCAGCAGAGCGGAGCCGGAGGAAGAGUCUGAGAGCACAGUGCUAUGACGCCACUGAGAACCCCCCCCCCCCCCCCCUUCCCUUCCAUUAGCUGAUUAAA